AAACUUCCCAUCCAAGAAGCGGUUGAGUGGGAGCACAAAAGCAAAGUGCAGGGCAAAAUGCAUGCUUGUGGCCAUGACGCCCAUGUGGCUAUGCUUCUUGGUGCGGCCAAUAUACUUAAAACUCGAGGGCAUCUUCUCAAGGGAACAGUGGUUCUGAUCUUUCAGCCGGCGGAGGAAGCCGGGAACGGCGCCAAGAAGAUGAUCGGAGACGGAGCUCUCGACGACGUGGAGGCAAUCUUCGCCGUACACGUGUCCCACAACCAUCCGACUGGUGUGAUCGGCUCCAGGAGCGGUCCUUUGCUCGCCGGAUGUGGGUUUUUCCGGGCAGUUAUCACGACGGAGAACGGCGAUGGCGGUGGUGGCUCCGACGAUCUGAUCGUAGCCGCCUCCGCCGCCGUCAUCAGCUUGCAGGGCAUCGUUUCGCGCGAAGCCAGUCCUCUCGAUGCUCUGGUUGUGUCGGUGACGUCAUUCGACGGCGGCCAUAGCCUCGAGGCACCGCCGGAGAGAGUGGUUCUCAGCGGCACUUUCAGAGCUUUCUCCAAUGCAAGCUUCUACCACCUCAUGAAGCGUAUUCAAGAGGUGACGGUAGAACAAGUUGGAGUCUUCGGAUGCAAAGCCACAGUGAAUUUUUUCGAGAACCAGAGCUCGAUUUACCCGCCAACGAUAAACGACGACGAGAUGUACCAACACGUGAAGAAAACGACGGUGGAUUUGCUCGGGGAAAGCUACUUCACAGAGGCUCCACAGAUGAUGGGAGCAGAGGAUUUCGCCUUCUACUCGGAGGUCGUACCCUCUGCUUUCUACUUCAUCGGUAUCAGGAACGAAGAACUCGGGUCGGUCCAUAUCGGACAUUCCCCGCAUUUCAUGAUCGACGAAGAAGCAUUGCCCAUCGGAGCCGCCAUCCACGCCGCCGUGGCUGAGAGAUACUUGAACGACCGUACAUAGAUAUAUAGGUCCUGAUGUUUUUAUCUUUGGCGUUAUAGAAAUCAUUAUUUGAUAAAUUACACAAGCCAAGUCAAUAUAUUUCUUACAACAUAGAAUUAUUGAGAACCAAAAUCAAAAUCCAUAGAGUACAAUGUAAAUUGAAAUCCGUUUUGUUUUGCGA